GGGGCGGAUUCUUUUCGGCUGUGUACUUUCAAAUUUUAGUGCACUCGAGCCGGUUUCUGAAACUUACCUACCCCACCUUUAAAUGAUUCCAUUUGACAUAUUCUUACAGGUUUGUGCCUCGGCCACAGCUAUGAUUAGUUCUGAGUGGGGGGGUCAGGUCACAUUCAGCAGGGAGGAAAGAGCAGCUCAGGUGUCAAGGUGAGAUUUUGGCCACAGAUCAUAGUGUGAGCUGAGCACUGAAGAAAGGUGAACCCUCGUCAUCAUGAGACGAUAACAAUAGUUUCUGGAGCGGUAUCACACUGGCUCAAGCCUUCAGCUGUCACAGUGGGCAAGCUGCUGCACAAUAGAGCCUCAUGUAUGAAUCUGCAGGAGAAUAUGAUUUAUUUAUGUGAGGAACUGCAAUGCCUGCAAGUGUACUCUCCAACACGAGAUACAGAAAUAGUCUCAUUUUCACACUGACUUAAGUAAUGCCUCAUGUCGUGCGAACUCGCUCUUUUAAUUAAGAUUUAGACUGAAAUGUGAACCACAUGCUGGUUACUGACUGCAUCUUUCCCACAGACAUAUGACAUGAGUUAGGGUCUAUAAACAGCGCGUUGUGAAUGAGACAGUUAAUUUUCAGUUCUUCGUGAUGCUUUUGCACCUUCCUUUCGCACCUCGUGCCUGUGACUUCUUCCUCCACAACACAUUUACGCUCAUCACUACCUCACUCCUCAUUCCCUCCUUCUCUUCUCAUCUUUCUUUUUGCCCCCUGUCUAUAAUUGGAUUCUAUUUUCAGGCUGCUAUAAGUGUCUAUGUCUCUUGUGUUUGUGUCUCGCACCCCAUUUUUCUGUCUCUCCUCCAUCGUCACCCUCUGCUCUUAUCGGUCCCAUCGGUCCCUCCAUCAUUCUGUCGCUGUGUAAAAGCCACUCUUCUUAUGGUUUUCUCCAACAAACUGUUUUUCUUUUUGCAAAACCUUCCAUUACCCUUUUUAUCCUUUCAGUUGUGACGGUUAAGUAUGAUGGACACUAAAAGCCUAAAUGAUCUGAGGUGAAGUAAUGCAGAGCAGAAUAAACUGCAUCUAACUGAUGUGAGUGGCUCUCAUGACCUCAUUCUGGUAGUCUGGGUUACACAGCGAUGUGAGAGGAGGAUAUAUUUGGAAAUACAUAUAUCAAAGAUGAUACAUGAUACUGUAGAGCCAACAAAAUAGGAAUCAAGUUGGUGUAAGUGCACUGUGAUGACAUCCAAACAACAUGUAAGCAAUAACAUUUGUAAUAAAGGCAAUGAACCAGCAUUAAUAGAAGGGAGGAGUGGAAAAGGAGAGGCUGACAGAGGGAGGGAGUCGUACUGUAGGACUUGGUUGGCUGUUGAGAUGUCUCUAGAGAUGCAGCAUGUAUUCAAAAGACUUAGAGACAGGAAGAGAGGCUAUUAGAGAUGGAACAAGUCAAGUGACGAGUAGAGGACAUGGGGAUCGCUCAUCAGACCAAAACACCCUCGACGAGAAGGCUGGGAACCUGCAAACGCUCGACACACACAGCGCGACGCGGCCCUGUGCGGACGGUGCACAUCCGCCCACUCCCCACGCGAAACACACUCUCACGCAAACAGCACGCUCUGACACGCAGGACGCACACACACCUGACGCACAGGGCUCGCUCACACACUGCGCACUGCUGCCCGACUCGGGCCCAUGAGCAGCACUCGGCACACAGCGACCACUCGGGCUGCACCUUCUACUGCUAUUUCUGCUACUGCUGUUACUGCUGCUGCCUCACGGUGCUCUCUUUCUCUCUCCUCCUCCUCCUGUCUCCACCUCCCCAUGCUCCUCCCCCUUUGUCAUCCAACAUCACUCUUCCUGCUUCCUCCUCCCCCCCAACUUCCUGUUUUGAUGCACUUUCCUGUUUCUAUCCUGACGUCAACCUGACCUCUUCUCCCAUGUCUCCCUUCUGCCCUGUGCCACCAUGUCUCAUAUCUGAUGAUUCUCUCCCUCUCUUCUACGUCUCAUCCCCUGACCACCUCACCUCCUGUUGCCACGGCUCCUCUACUACAUCCUCUUCUUCCUCUUCCGUGCCCUCUGACUCCUCUCUCCCUCCUCAUCAUCCCAUCCUAUGCCGGCCGUGGCCUUCUUCACGCUCUCUUUCCUCCCUGCUCCUCUGCCCUCCCAGCUUUGGGGAUCCGGUCUUAUCGUACGCGUCCACUUUGGAGCACAUCCCCACCCGGCCCCGGACGCUGCUCCGCCAGCAGAGUCUCCAGCAGCCUCUCAUCCACCCGCCGGGCCCUCUCCUCGGCAACCCCCCCACAACAUCCCAGAGUUUGGGACAGUUACACACAGCACCUGGUCAGCCUGGGGGAGGCGGGGGUGCUGGGAGAGGAGAGGGAGGUGGUGAGGGUGGGGGUGCAGGUACAAGAGGCGGUCCCAGAGGUGCUCGGGGCAGCCCAUCAGGAGCGGGGGCCUCUCGCUGUAGGGGAGGUGGAGCAAGAGGGCGCUCACAAGCGAAUCCUGGCAGCUGGGAUUACACGAUGGACCAGAUGAAAAAUCGUGGCCUGGACGUCAAAUCUUUCCUUGAAGGGAAGCUGGUGGUCCUGGCUUUGGCCAUUGGUGUGGCCGAGCAAGAUGACUUUGCCAAUAUCCCUGACCUGCAGGAAACAGCGCAGGCACAACCACCAGCCAAUCAGGAGCCCCCUCCUGAGAAGAGGGGCAACAAGCCAGUUAACAGCCCCAAGGGCCGACCCCCCGACGGCCAGUCCGUGACUGACCUGGCCAACUCACUCACUGGAGACAUGGUGAUGCUGUCUCCAGGUUCAGAGGAUGAUGAUGGUGAAGGGCCCAUCAGUGAGAAGCUGGGCCGGAUCCAGUUCAGCAUAGGCUACAGUUUCCAAAACACGACCCUCACCGUCAAAGUUCUCCGGGGCCAGGAGCUCCCCGCAAAGGACUUCUCCGGCACCUCCGAUCCCUUCGUCAAAAUCUACCUGCUGCCCGACAAAAAGCACAAGCUGGAGACCAAGGUCAAAAGGAAGAACCUCAACCCGAACUGGAACGAAACCUUCUUGUUUGAGGGCUUCCCUUACGAGAAAGUGAGAGAGCGAAUUCUGUACCUCCAGGUGAUGGACCAUGACCGCUUCAGCAGGAAUGACCCCAUCGGAGAGGUGUCAAUCCCCCUCAACAAGGUGGAGCUGGGCCAGAUAAAGACCUUCUGGAAGGAGCUGAAGCCCUGCAGUGAUGGCAGCGGGAGACGGGGAGACCUGCUUUUGUCUCUCUGCUAUAAUCCCACUGCCAACACCAUCACUGUGAACAUCAUCAAAGCGCGCAAUCUCAAAGCCAUGGAUAUCGGGGGCACCUCAGAUCCAUACGUCAAGGUGUGGCUGAUGCACAAGGACAAGCGUGUAGAGAAGAAGAAGACGGUGACCAUGAAGCGCUGUCUGAACCCGAUCUUCAACGAGUCCUUCCCCUUUGAAGUGGCCGCCCACGUACUGAGGGAGACCACCAUCAUCAUCACCGUCAUGGACAAGGACAGACUCAGCCGCAACGACGUUAUCGGAAAGAUCUACCUAUCGUGGAAGAGUGGACCCGGGGAGGUGAAGCACUGGAAAGACAUGCUCGCUCGGCCGCGUACUAACGUCGCCCAGUGGCACGCUCUCAAGGCCUGAUCGCACCGCCCAGCUUCGUCCACGGCCCCUCUCCGUCUCCCACUCCCCCGACCCCCCCCCCCCCCCCUCCUCCCACCUGUCCUUAUGCACAAGACUGACUUGCUGCCAGGCUGCGAAACACGGGUACAAUUAGCCAUCUGCUCUCUUAAACCUUUAAACUCUUUUUCUUUCAAAAUCUCUAUUCCUCUCCCACUCUUCUAACUUCUUCUAUUCCCUCCUCUUCAUACAGCUGUGUCUUAGUUUCUGUGUCUCACGACUUUGCCAAUGGUCCCCCUGUUUCUGACUGUCUGUAUGUCUGUCUGUCCUUAUGCACUUUGCCUGUGGAGGUCCGAUAUGCAGUUUCUUUGUCGACCCCUUGGUUCUGAACUGCACUGCAAUCCUCGACCCAUUUAAGGUGCCAGUCCUGUGGGAUCACAGAAUCUUAAGUAACGAUCUAAUCUCAUAUAAUCCUAUUGUAUGACUAUUCCAGGUAAACAAUACUAUACAGUAUGUACAUUAUGUACAUGUACAUAUUAAUAUAUUAGGAAUAGAUUGGCAGAACUCCCCCUAUACCCAUGAUUAAUGUACCGUAUGCUAUCCAUAGCCUGUCUGUUGUUUCCCAUCCCUCUUUUCUCAUCAUUAGACGCCUUGUCAUCUGUCUCAAUUGUACUAUAUCCUGUCCAUUUCAGCCUUCCUCCUUUUACUCAAAAGUGGUUUUAAUGUUCAGCUGAAGUCGUGGAAAGCAAUCAAUACUCGGUUUGUGAUGAAACCUGCUAAACUCGAGAUGAAAUUGUUGAUACUGCUUUCUCUUCUCUCCCUCUUUUUCCCCUCUUUUUAUCCUUAUGGUUUCCUCUUUCUCUUCCUCUGGCACAAUAUUAGUGUAUCCAGCCUUUCUGGACCCCCACCCCUCCUUGUCGUCUGUGUGCUGUGGGUGCUGUGCUGUAGCUCCAACAAAAAUAGAGAUUAAAAAGAAAAAAAAAACUGGACUUUCCAAAACUGGGAAAGCAGGAACACAAUAAACGUGUGAAAUGGAUCGCUCCUGAUUUUUCCAGACAAAAAGCCCUGAGACGGAGAGAGAAAAAAGAAGAUGAAAAAGACCCAAACAAAAAGAAAUCCCACAUGAUACCAUGAUGUCAUUUUUCACAGCAAAGGAAACCAAUUUAAAAUCUUCUUCCAAUUUUAAGAUGAAAACAGAAGCAACAAGUUUGCGCUGUUUGUGCACAUGCAUUUGGUUUUGUGCACACUUCCGUCUGUUUAUUGAUGCUAUGACCUUUGUCCUGUUUUGUGGUCAUGUGCUGUUGGAGGUCUAUCUCCACGACUGAAGGUGUGCUGGGUUAAUGUGUGCCUCUUGCUAUGUGUAUGUGUGUGUUUGUUCACAGGAGCAACACGACUCAGACUUGGCAGAAAUCUUCUUCUCUUUUCUCUUUCUCAUCUUGCGCUCUUCUUGCUCUUCUUACUGCCAUUGUUUCCCCCAUCCUACUUUACUGCCCAGCCUUCAGAACGAGGGCACAGGGAAGUUCUAUCUGCACUUUUUGAAAAUGUUAUAACAAUAAUAAUGAUAAUGACAGUUUUGAUGAUGAUUACAGUUCUGGUGAAAAUUAAGGGAGGAGUAUCUGAAAGGGUGAGCAGCAGUUGGGGAGAGGAGACGUCUUCUGUGUAAUUUCAGGGUUUGGAGAUGAAGUGAAGGACACAGAGGAGUGAUGUAGGGCUCUCAUUCUCCUCUUUUUGUUCCCCGUUUUCCUCAGUACUCCUGAGUACAAAUAUAUGUGCAAGUUUGUGUACGUCAGCUGCCAGACUCCUGGUGUCGGGCCGCUAGUGUUUGAUUGUCAGGCGAGGAUAGAGAGGUCACGCUUGUCUGCUUGUCACGCGCAGGCUGGCCACCACAACAGUGCUAUUAGACAAAGUGUUGAUCACAGCGAGCGCUGACAGUCUUGAUGCUCCUAUGUGAGUCCAUGAUGCUGAACAACUAAUAAUAAUACAUUACAUUUAUAAAGCGCUUUUCCUGGUGCUCAAAGCGCUUACAAGCAAAUAAAACAAAAUAACAACAAAAGUAGAAAGUGCUAAGCUAGGAGGAAUAAGGGCAAGGGGUUAGUUGAUUAGGAGUUGAAGGCAAGAGUGAAAAGGUGAGUUUUGAGGGAUUGUUUGAAUGAUGUGAGAAUGUUGGCGGAUCUGACGUGGCUGGGGAGGGAGUUCCAGAGUGUGGGGGAGGCUGCUGCGAAGGCCCUGUCACCCCAACUGGUGCAUGUCUGGAAACAGCAAGGCAGAUGUGGAUUCAUGCUUUAUUGCGGAAAGAUAAAAAAGACGUCAUGCCUUUCUCUGAGUUUUUGUUGCCACUCACAGACACUGCGAAUGACCCAGACAGCUCGUGUGAUAUUAGAUGAUGGUCUGAUCUACCACCGCGAGAUACUGUGGAAGCAGAUUAGACAUUAUCUUUUCCCUGUGUGCUUGAAAGCACCACAGAGUGUACUGGUAGAUGCCCUGCUUGUCACGCACAUUCAGCUCAGCUCGAUAUUCCUGUAACGUAAAUAAAACAGUCACAGAGCAGCACCAUGAAUACUGUCAGCCAUUAAGAGCUGCUCACACAGAUGUCUACUCUUUCUUAGUGUACUCUCUCUAUUCUAACAGUGUGUGUUUUCACAUUCAAGACUUGUGAAGCAUAAUCCUGUCAGGAUUUGUGUUUUUCUGUAGCAGCCUGGUUUUUAUGUCUAAAUGAGCAUCCACCUUUCGAACAUCUGUCAUGUUUGACUGACUCACCGAGCAAAUAAAUCAGCUGUUUGUUUUUAGUUGAAGCAUCCCUGCUUCUGUUAAUGCAGCGUUUGAAGUUACUUUCAACUGGCCCCAUUAAAAUGAUACCUAUAUACUUUGGGCCCUGCAGUAUAUUUGAUUCCCUAUUUCAUGCAGUCCCUUGAUAGUAUCUAAUGCUUUUUUGCUUGUUUUGAUUUACGAUUAUGAGAACCUGAUCACCACCAGAGAGAUGUUAUUGUAGUCUUAUCUGCACCAGGCUAGUCCUCAUCCAGCGUCUCUAUAGGCCGGUGUUGGCAGCGCACUGUUUGCCACGAGUGUGUUCUGGGCAGUGUGUUUGGUGUGAGCCUCGGUGCUGCACUGAUCCAGUCCAGCACCCUUCAGAACAAUUGGCCAGCCCUGGAGCAGGGCCCACUGUUUUGACAGCCUCUGCCUGCAGUCUCACAGCACAUUACCUUCCUAUUUGUUAGUCAGAACGCAGUAAUAUCUGCUUUCUUGGACAUUAGGGACUCACUAUUUGCAGAGUUAAUACUCGCUAAGAAUAAAAACUAACUAUGAAGCAUUUCCAUUAGCAGGCAUGAAGAUGAUGGAUGGGGAUGAAGAUGUGUCACUCAAAAUGAAGAAAAUAAUCAGGAAGCAAUCGCUGUGUAAAGCUGUGAAAACUGAACGUGGUUUGAAUGUGCAGGUGAUGAGUCAACACAAUACCGCUGCCAUUUCCUUUCACUAUGAUUACAAGUAGCUCAAGGAGAGAUAAAUUGCUAUGCUACGAGGGUUUGCAACGCUUAGUCAUCAGUGACCCUGUAAACUGGGGGAUAUGGCUUUAUUUUUAGUAACAUGAGGCAUAGUGCGCUGUUACUGAUCCUCAAAGGUGCACUGGAGGCUGGAAGCUUUUAGAAAAGUACUGAGUGCUUUGCAUUACAGAGUUCUUAAAUGCAAAUUCAUUCCAUGGUCAUUUUUUAUUUUCAAAAGUUAAGUGGAAUGCCAUUAAGUAAUUACUGUAGCAGUGACAGUUUGGCAAAAACAAGAAGUUAUUGACCUUAAUCAUUUGUUGGGUUACCAAAGACCCCACUGCUAUAAGUAAAUGUGAAAAUAAUAUCAAUGGAAAGAUAUUUUGUAUCGCAAUAUAGUAAUUAUUAUUUACAUUUUACAGAUUUAUUCUGGCCUUAUUGAAACCCAAUAUUUAGAUGAGGAUUAAACCCCUCUCUUUUACAUUAACUGCAUAUUUGUUGAAGGUGGAAACAUACUAAAAUGUAAUUCACUUUUACUUAGCUGACCUUUAAAACAUGUCAUCAGUACAAAAUCAAGCUAACAAAUUGAUUAUCUUCAUAAAAUUAGGACAAGUCAGCAAGUAUUGGGCUGGUAAAACAGUGAAGUAUAUUUUUUGAACUGUUAAAGAAGAAAGUCGUAAACUCUACCUAUGGUAAUUCUAAUCCAUCGUGUAUUCUUAUUAAUUUAAAUAAAAGAUAUCAAGUGACAAUUCAUCCUCGUUGUCACAAAGUUAACUUUUUAAUCUGAAACUGACUGAAAAAACUCUCAAAUGUGUCUGUACAGUACUAUAGCCUCUACUUUCCUAAGAAGAGGAACACUGUGGCAUAUGAUUUAUCACAGGGUAUCCAGAAAGUUGCACUUUCCUUAAAAUAACCAGAAGUCUCAAACCUUUUAUUCUCUCAGCACCAGCAGUCAAAAAGCAACACCAUUAAAAUGGAUGGUAAGCUCAGAGCCGAACAGUACAGAGGAGAAAGUAAUUUCAAAAUCCCAGUUUUAUUAUACCGCCACCUGUCUCAACAACUCUUAAGGAGCUGUGUUUCUUUUGGCACCAGCACUGCCAGCAACGACCUUCAACAAUCUUGGGCUCAUGAAUACAGCAUGGCAGUGCUGCAUAUGUCUUUUCUCAGGCUAACUCCACUCUGUGUACCUGCUCUCCUUGUGUUCAGCCUCGCUUUUUUUUCAUCAGUGAUUCAUGCUCUGGCCGGUCAUUGGUCGGUGAAGGUGUGGAUAAUUACCGUUUGAUUGCUGAGGUUUCAUUCAAGAAGACUGACACUGUCCACAACUCUGCCACAGAAUUAAGGCUCAUUAAACUGAUACUUGAGUUCAAUUACAUUUUAACCAAGGUGCUUUGAUUUCUCUUUAUAAGGUGGUCAAUCUGAAGGUUGCUUUUACUUUAGGAAAAGUCAAUUUGUCACAGCCAUAGUAAACAUUAUACUGGUUAAUAUUAGCACGUUAGCAUUGCCAUUGUGCAGUAGUGGGAAGUAACACUUACUCAACACUGCGUACAGUUUUGAAGGACUUGUACUCUACUUCAUAUAUUUGAUAAUUAUAUUUUAAGUUAGCUACCUCGCAGAUUAAGAUAAUUAAUGCAAAGUAUGACUUAUACAUUAUGAUAUAUUAUUAUAGGUUAAGAUAACCAUCAGUGUAUAAAGUAGUUUGAAUUAGCUUAAUCUUCGCCAGCUGCAACAUUACAGUGAUAGAUGCAUUAAUAGUUAAAAUACAGUGAUAUCAAAUAUAUUUUUUUCUGAAAUCGGCCCUUCGGCAUAUUGACUACUUUACUAUGUGUACCUUAAAUAUAUUUUGAUGCUUUACUUAAAGUAUUUUUUUAUUUCUACUGACUAGCAUUUAGCUUAAAAUAUAAGAUCUUCUAAAUGAAGCGAGUGAUAUUGUUUGUCCUUGCCAUACUCCCCCCCUCGUGAUUCUGCGGCAUUACAUUUCCAUUGAUGGAUAUGGCUUUCAUAAGAUGAGUGUCAAUGACUCACUCUAUUGGAAAGGUGCCUGCAUGCUUUGCUGUGGUGUGUGCAAUAUGUAUUUAAAGGAAACUGUGCUUUAUGUCUUAGAGAACUUUGUGUGUGUCUGCAUUAGAAUCAGGCUGUACUUAUCUCAUACUGGAGGGACUGCAGCUGACGUUUUAUUCUGCUGAAUCAUAUGACCGCUGAGUCAGCCCUAAAGUCUUCUGGGUCACAUUUGUCAUUGUGCGGUCAUUCCGUGUUCGGCUCUCACCCUGCGCAGACAGACCUCACCUCCCCUAACUCACCCUUUCAAUUGUUUUAAGCAUCUGGUGAAAACCAAUGUGACUUCUCCCAAUCAGGGUUCAAGUAAGCAUUAUUUGAAUGGUAACAAAAUUAAUAUGAAAAACAAUAACGAGUAAUAAUAUAUUUUUCUUUCUGUUCACAUUUGACUGUCGGUCAGUGUGUAUGUAUGUAUGUGCUUGGUGUUCUUGUGUUGGGUUUAUUUCUUUAUAAAAAUGUGAUAAGAAAAUCCUUCUGUUUUGGAACCUUUAUGUAAAUAUCGUUGGUGAAAAUUAAUAUUUGUUGAAUUUUCUUUUGUCACUUAAAAUGAUGAAGAAAACAAUGAUGUUGAUGAAUAACAGUGAUGUUGAUGAUGCUGAAGCUGAUUAUACCUGCCCUUCUUGAAUAAGGGCUUUUGAUGUCCGCUGUAUUUUUGUUGGAGGUGUCGUGAGGUUGAGGCAAGAGAAACAAAGGGAAGGAGUGAUACCCAACACAUCCCGCUGUAGCAACACUGCCACAUACCUUUACCCCCCCGACACAUUAUCAGGAAGUGGACUGAGAGAUAUGUGGCGCAAAUUGUAGCCUGUCUUACUCACGGCGUGACACAUUGUUGUACUUCUACUAUAAAUUUGAAGCGGUCUUUGGCUGUGUAAGAAGACACCUCCCUGUGGAGACAGUCUGCCCGGUCGCUUGGCAUCACAUCUCACCCCGUCUGCUUAUAGGCUUGGGGAUUUACUGUAAUGCCAUUGUGUUAGACAGGAUUGGCCCUGCACUGACACUGAUGAUGCCUACCUCAUUGAAUUUGCAGUCAUUAUUGCUCUGCUGGAGGCCAUACAUGGGGAUGGGCAUGUAAGGAGGUGGGAGAUUUCCAAGUGGGAGGAUGUUUGUCAUACUCCGACCCUGGAAAGACAAUUUGCUUGUGAUUCAGCUUCCUAUUCUGGGGGGAAACUCAUGAUUAAGCACUGCCUUGAACUUGCCACAUUAUAUGCUCGUCUCCUCUUUUAUCAGAUAUUUGUAUGAACUUUCAAACUCCAGCAAGAAAAAUCCAGGACUAGUGCUAUGAACCCCAUAUAGCAGACGUAUUGAAAUGAGGGGUUUUGUGAGGUAGAGUAAGAUUGAUUUCUCCAAAAAUCUGCCCUCUGCCUUCUCAACAGACAUAUGUCCGGCCCUCUGCUGCAUCCAAAUAAGAAAAUGCACAGGGCUGUAGUCCAGUUAUUUUUAAUAACAGUCCCUGCAGGUGUCUGUACGCCUACUCCCCUAUUUUCCAUAUGCCACAGCCUUGUGUAUCUGGCUGGGUUUAUGUACAGUACAGGGACAGAGCUUAUCAGUUUGGUUACUUUUAGGACUGUCUCCGCCACAGACAUGAUAUGAUACAGCAGAUACUCCCAGCAGCUGUCUGCAGGAAGGACAUAGAAUACAGUCCUGCCUUCAUUUGUAAUACCAUCCUUUUGAGGGAGUCCCACGAGGAGUCAGAAAAUAAACACACACAUACACACACUAUCUGUCGCUUAUCGAUCCACUGCGAAUACAUUCAGAAUAUGAAUCCUUUAAUUCUUCUGAAGAUGUUUGUUUUUUCUUUCCUCGCUGGUUGUAAAUAUAAUUGUGAUUCCGUUGGAGCAUACUCUAACUCCUGCCAUAAUGUGGACAUUUUAAUCAGGUAGGUAAUAAGCAAUACACUUAUCGAGUCCUAAUGCCAUACACUGAAAUAUUACUUACCCAGUCUGAUGGUCACUCUUUUGAAUUUUGAGGGAUGUCGAGGGUAACACUCCUGUUUCUUCAACUCCUUUCUCCACUUGCCAUAGCCCACCUCUUCAACAAAGAGUGCUCUAACUUAAAACACACAAUUGUGAUGUGUACAAUCUGAUUUAAUGUAUUUAUUUAUGUAUUUUUGCCAACUUUGUAUAGUGUAUAAAUAUCUAUAAAUAUAUGAAAAAUGACAGUACUGUAUAGAUUUUAGCUGCCUGGUAAGGUUAAUAGUAUAUACUUGGUAGACUAAAAGAAAAAGCGUAGAGCUGUUCAAAAGCCAGUCAUUGAGAAAAUGCUUUCUGUAAAACCCGGUGCCACUGGCUCUUUUUAUAUCCUAGGUUUCGUUUCUGGUUUGUUUUUUUAUUAUUGCCGGUGGGAUCCAAAGUGUGUGUUGUUUCUUCUUUUCGUCCGUUUGUUUGUUAAUUAGUUUGUUUGUUGUUUUUUUCUUAACAAGACACAGCAAGGUUCUGGCAGCCAGGAGAGUGCAGUGGAACGCAGACUGGGACCCUGUGCAGUAGUGUGUGUAUGUGUGUGUGUGUGUGCGGGUGUGUGUGUUAGAUGUGUGUCCGUCCAUGGUAGUACUAGUGCUCUCUGUGCAGUGCCUCCCCACCCCUCUCUCUGAUGUAGUUGUGUAGUGUCAUGUGACGCAGUGUGUGUUAAGGUGCAGGAUGACUGUUGGCUGAAGCUGGCAGAAGCUCUCUUCUCUCCGUGUCACCUCGUUUCCACUCGUCUUCCUCGUUACGCUUCGUCCUACACGUAUAGAUUUCAUCUUCCUCUUCUCAAUUUCUCAUUUACUCUCCCAUUCAGCUUGUAAUGCAAACACCACCAGAGUCUAAUUUCCCAGUAAUCCAUGCUUCCUCAUCUAUUUGUGAUUCUUUGUGCAUUAGCAUCUCUCUUCCGUCACACUGCACAUUACCUAGUUUUUCCUACAGCACUCUGUGGACCAGAGAAUGAUUUAGCACAAAAAAGAGCAUCCUCAUCCCUGUUCAUGUUUCUGCUUCUCUUCACGGAGUUGUACUUUUAUCCACCUCUCUUCACAAUCCCCGAGGAGAAGGGCAGCUGCCAGCUCAGCACGCAGAAACACAAAUCAGCCAUAAUCAGAUGUCAAGCACAGCCCUGAUGCUCAAAUCUAUGUUGUGGUGGCUUCACUGCCGCCCCGUUUGUAGCAAGAGAAAGAGAAUAGACUUAAAGAUUGGAUCAACUACACACAAAAAAAAGUAGUGGGAUAUGUGCAUUCGUAGUGGAUUAUUAUUACCUUCCCUUUCCCUCACUAGAUUUAUUACUAAGUAUUCCGAUGUGUUGCUUGGUUGCUCUGUACAUAUCUGUGUAGUACUUCUGUUGAUGUCCCUGUGUUAGGAUAGUAAUGGGUUCUUACUGGGCGGCCUCCGCAGACGUCCUCUCCCUCCUACCUCGUCUCAUUUCCUCAAAAACUUCAAACAUUCCAUCUAAAUACCAAGUGAGCAACAUUUUAAAGACGAUUAGAUUACCACGUAAGCUGGGGGAGUAAAAACAGCAGAGGGACUGAGCUGCAGACAUUUCCGCUGGAGCCAUGAUAAUAACCAAGACGUCUUGUCUGUGUUCACGUCCCUCUGAGAGCUGAUGGCACGCUCAGCAUAAAGACCAGCACACUCGCCUCUCUGCUCCUCCGUUACCCUCCUUCACACCAACCUCAUGGGGGAAGAAAAGGGUGAGGUGGGUGAGGAGGUGGCAGAGCCCUGGGGGGCGGCAGAGAGGCGCGUCCCAUGGUCACAUCCUGGGUCAGGAGGGAAGGGAGCAAGGGCGUCUCGAGGUCAAACCCAGUAGCACUUUGGUUUUGCGUUCCAUGUUUUUUUAGCCUCUCCUGUUUUUUGGCCGAGCGGACUGUGAUCUUACUGGUUGAUUUUCUCGUUCUCCUCCACCCAUCAGUGUUACAGAGUGUGUUGGGUGGACGGAGCCAUGGAGCUGAGCUCUGAUUUUGUUCCAUAUUAAAGAAUCAUUUUUACAAAAGAACUA